UGGAGAGCACCGAGCAGGACUCGGCUGUCCAGCCCGGUCGUCCGUGCCAGGCGACAAAAAAAGGGUUUCCUGGUGGACCAUCAUCCCUUCCCUCUAGACAGCCCGCACCCCGGGGGCCUGAAAAUGCUUAGAUCUACGUGGAAUUUUCUGAAACGUCACAAAAAGAAAUGCAUCUUCCUGGGCACGGUCCUCGGAGGAGUAUAUAUCCUGGGGAAAUAUGGACAGAAGAAAAUCAGAGAAAUACAAGAAAGGGAGGCUGCAGAAUACAUUGCCCAAGCAGGACGACAGUAUCAUUUUGAAAGUAACCAGAGGACUUGCAACAUGACAGUGCUGUCCAUGCUCCCAACACUGAGAGAGGCCUUGAUGCAGCAGCUCAACUCUGAGAGCCUUACAGCUCUGCUGAAAACCAGGCCUUCAAACAAGCUAGAAAUAUGGGAGGAUCUGAAGAUAAUAAGUUUCACAAGAAGUAUCGUAGCUGUAUACAGUACUUGCAUGCUGGUGGUUCUUUUGCGAGUCCAGUUAAACAUAAUCGGUGGAUAUAUUUAUUUGGAUAAUGCAGCAGUUGGCAAAAAUGGCACCACAGUUCUUGCCCCCCCAGAUGUCCAACAGCAGUAUUUAUCAAGUAUUCAGCACCUCCUUGGAGAUGGCCUGACAGAAUUGAUCACUGUCAUUAAACAGGCUGUGCAAAAGAUUUUAGGAAGUGUUUCUCUUAAACAUUCUUUGUCCCUUUUGGACUUGGAGCAAAAACUAAAAGAAAUCAGAGAUCUCGUUGAGCAGCAUAAAUCUUCUUGGAUUAAUAACGAUGGAUCCAAAUCUUUAUUAUGCCAUUAUAUGAUGCCAGAUGAAGAAACUCCAUUAGCAGUUCAGGCCUGCGGACUUUCUCCUAGAGAUGUUACCACUAUUAAAUUACUCAAUGAAACUAGAGACAUGUUGGAAAGUCCAGAUUUUAGUACAGUUUUGAAUACCUGUCUAAACCGAGGGUUCAGCAGACUGCUAGACAACAUGGCGGAGUUCUUUCGACCUACUGAACAAGACCUGCAGCAUGGUAGCUCCAUGAACAGUCUUUCCAGUGUCAGCCUGCCUUUAGCUAAGAUAAUUCCCAUAAUAAAUGGACAGAUCCAUUCAGUUUGCAGUGAAACGCCUAGUCAUUUUGUUCAGGAUCUGUUAAUGAUGGAGCAAGUGAAAGACUUUGCUGCUAAUGUGUACGAGGCUUUUAGUACUCCUCAACAACUGGAGAAAUGAUUGGUUUUUUCCUUCAAGAACAGCUACAAUGGGAUUCAGUUACUUUUUUAAAAAAAUGCACUGAAUAAAUCAACUAUAUAUAGGGUAAUGAUUUGUUACCAUAAUGUCUAAUAAAAAUAUAUUCUUAAUCAAAGUCUUCAU